UCUGUGCCUGAGGCUUGAAAAUUAAUUUGGUUGUUUGGUUUGGAGAUGGAGAAUCACGAGCUACAACUCUUGAUUCUGAGGUGAACAGAAAAGAUACAAACGACUACCAUUUUUCCAUCAGAGCGCACGAAUUUGGUCAUACGCUUUUCCCCAUAUCACACAUGUGAGUCAAAUCUUCUCAACCUGGAAUGUUAAGCUCACGUGCUCCAACCUUGAUUGUCUUCACAUAUGGGAACACAACUGCGAUAUCAGGCACAGGAAACCACUAAGAUUUUGCAUUUUGCUAUUGCUAUCUCGAGCCUAUUCUCAUACAAUCAAUCAUUUCGAUUCAUACAACAAACUAACAAUACCACAAGCAAACAUCCCUAUUUCCAUACUCCAAACCAGUCAUCCAAAAUGGCCAGCCAGCUUCUCCCUCUCGGUCAGUCACCUUAUUCAGACACACAAACACACCUCUCACUAACACAUCAUCAGAACUCAUCGAUAAAUGUGUCGGUUCCAAAAUCUGGGUUGUUAUGAAAGGUGACAAAGGUACAACCUCUCCAUCAUGACCCAUCUCUUCUAUCACUCAUCCUUACUCACACCAAUAGAAUUCACCGGCACCCUUACUGGUUUCGAUGACUAUGUCAAUAUGGUUUUAGAAGAUGUUAUUGAAUUGUACGUAUAAUAUCGCAUUUCUACGAGUAUUUUUUGAAUUUUACUGAGGAUUCAUAGUGAUCACCAAUCUGGAAAUCAAACAAAGCUUCCUAAGAUUUUACUGAAUGGUAACGGUAUCGCUAUGGUGCGUAUCUAUGUCGUGGUCUACAUCACAUAGCAAGAAACUAAUAAUAGAGCAGUUGGUACCAGGUGGAGAAGGUCCAAUCGGGGCAUCAUGAGCAUCAAGUGCAUUGUAAAUAAGUACGAUUUGAUCCAGAAUCAACGAUGGAACGUGCUGAUUCCACUGAAGAAAGGCAUGCACCUUACUCUUUCUGGUUCUGAGACGGGCUGGGCAGAAAUGAAAGCAGCCCAGGAAGCAGCUGGUGGUCAAGUUCAUCAAGCAGAGAUGAGAAAAAUUAGUAGUGAAAAAUUAGUAGUGAUACUACCAAAAGUUAAGGAAUUGAUCAUUU